AUCCAACUAGAAUUCCAAUAAUCUUCAAACCAGCAUGUCCAAUAUUAGGUAAUUAAGAUGUUUAGUAUGCCUUACCUAGGUAGUCUUCUUUAUCCGUGAUUUCUAGCAGUUUUGCAAGCUAUUUAUCUAUUACUAUACUCUUUAGUAUUCUAAUUUCUAGUUCUCUGAUAAGAAAAGAGAAUGCUACCUAUGACUUGCCCACAGAACAGAACACCGGCCAGUCAGUAUAUAGCUUCUCUCUCUUACAAGCAAACAAAGAUACUCGAAAACAAACCGACGAGCAUUGUUUUAUUUCACUAAUUUCAAGCAAAGCCUAUAAUAAAUAAACAACUUUUUUUAAUCGAACUAUUUUACCUUUCUUUCGGUACGAAGAGGCUAAAGUCGAAGCUGAGUCACCUGACAACCCGACACCUAUGACGUCGCUUUUUAACUCAUAUUGCUGUCUUCCCUACCACCUCUUCCGUUCGUUUCGUCUGACUUACAUAACGUACAUAAAUAUCUUUGACAAUACAAUAGGUAUACGAAUUGUACUUUGUAGCUUCUCUCAUCAACCCCUUUCAACCACUACACAUUAUAAUUUAUCCUCUCCUCUCCUCUCCUCUUACAUAGGUCCCGUCUGGUCACUUUGUAUUACGUGUUCACCAUGGCCCCCAUCCCAGUCUAUACGGAUAGCCCUAUUGUUGCCGCGAAGGCUUCGGGAGUGACGCCACAGACUGCUCCACCAUCGUCCACUUCAAAGCCAACCCCAACCCCAACCCCAACUAGCUCUUUGCCUACUUCGUCCAGCCAGGCCUAUCCGUCCGCGCAACCUGGUGCCGUGCCUUUACUUCCAACCACGACGGCAGACGCCUCUCAAGCACGUGUCUCAUAUCAGCCAAUUCAAACGGCUAAUCAUGACGGGCCCCCGGCACCGCAACCUGGGGCCGUCCCUGUCCCAACCGGUAUCACUAAAACGAAUAUACCACCACCGCCUAAAGUAGGCGAGAAGCUUGUGAACAUACCGUAUCCUCAGCAGAUGGCAAUCCUGCCACCUACUGCACCAUAUCAGACUCAGCAGCGGGGUACAUCUACAGUCCCGAUGCCUAUUUCAGAAUAUAGCAACCAGGGUUCCACGCCUUUAAGUGGCCCACCAGUUCAUAGCUUGGAGCACCCUCCGGGAUACCAUCAGAAUUCUAACGCUUCUGAGCUCGGCAAUUAUCAGAGAUCGGCUAUUCAGCGGAGUGAGGUAGAAGAUCAGACAGGAACAGAAAGUGGAGUUUGGGAAGCUGCGAAGAAAUGGGCUCAUCAGACAGGAGAGAAGAUCGCAGCAGCAGAAACAGAAGUUUGGAAGAAGAUCAACAAGGAAUAGUUGAUGUUGCCACGAAGAUUAACAUUCACCAGGUAGGGUCGGUUCGCUAUAAAUCAGGUUCUGUCACCAGAAUUCAUCAUUGAUAUCAAAGAAAUUGUCAAAGAUGGGAUAUACUAUUACGUAGAUGACAUAUGUCAUAGGGGGUUGUCGUUGAGAGACUUGAUACGAUUAAACAGUAACUAACUAGGUUAGGUAGUUAGUUCAAGUAGGGUUAUCAAAACGAACAGUUCUUCGGCCUGUAUAGACAUUACGAGGUAUAGUUAAUGCCAACUAGGCUGUGCUCGGGGCACGUAGCCUACUACGUAAAUUGUAACCUGCAUUCUGUUAGACCUCUCGCUUCCAAUGUCUGUUUCUAUUGUUAGGUUCAACGCAUGAUAUGAUUUUCCAAUGGGUAUACGCUAGGUAUACGCUAGGUAUACGCUAGGUAU